AUGAAUGUUGAAGAUCUUCAUGCAGAGAUUUUCGACAUUCCGGACGAAUGCUUUUCGAUAGAUGCAAGUUAUACAUAUAUAAAUGGUGGAUUUAAUAUCAUUGGUGGUUACCGUGAUAUUAAUUCCCUUACCCAACGAGGAAAAUCUAAAGAUUUUAAAGAUUCUCCAAAAUCAGGCAACGUACAUUGGAUAAAGUUUGUAGAAAACGAAAUAAAAACGAAAAGUGACUACGUCAAGUACACAAAUCUUAUUGGAGCUACUUUAAUUUCCAUAAAAAAUGGACAAACUACAAUAACCUUUGGAGGAGCGUAUAAAGUUCCCAAUGACGACAACACAUCAUUUAAAGUAGAAUUCAAUAAUUAUCUCACAAUUCAUACUUGGGAUUCUGAUGGUGUUGUUUUAGGAACGAAACACUUUAAGAAUACGGCAUCAUCAACACCAGCUAAGAUUACUCAGUCAGAUUCGUCAACAGAACAAUGGCCAUGCGCUCGAAUUUUCGCAGGAGCUUGUUGGGAUCAAAAUAAUGAAAAGAUGUGGCUAAUUGGUGGCGAAGGCAUGACCAAAUACGGAGAUAUCUCAGAAGGAUUAGUAAAACUAUCCGAAAUCUGGAGCUGGGACAUGAAAACUUCGAAAUGGACAUUAUAUCCAAUUCAAAACCGAGAUUUACACGAAAGAUCCGUAGCUUUCUUAAACGGACAUAUUUACAUACUUAGUGGCCAGGAUGUCGCUAAUUGUAUCUGGGAUAUUGAUACAUCUAACCCAGAUUACCUUAAAUGGGAAAGCAUACCCAUCCCAGAUAUUUUCCAAGUUCCGAUUAGUGGUUCUAAGAUCUUUAUUUGCGAAUCUUUGCUUUUAGAUCAUUAUUUGUUUAUUACUCCAGGAUCUGUUCAUGAUUUCUAUCUCUCGAUGCUUUCUACCAUUAAUAUUACUCCGAAGAAGAAGUUUAAUAGCUCUCCUUUAGCUUGGACAGCUUAUAAUGUUAUGACCGACGAAUUUACUCAAUAUAAGUUCUCUUUGACAGUUCCGCAGACAGCAUAUAGCACAAUUAUACAAGAUAGAGUAUUUAUUUAUAUAAUUGGAGGCUUUAUUACCGAUCAUAACAAAAAAUGCGUAAAUUACAACAAAAAACUCAUCAAAAUCAAGAAAACUCAUCUCUUCGCACACGAAACAUUUGACUUAGUCAAGUGUCCGAAGAAUUAUAUCCUUGAUUCGCAGCCAAUUAUACCAGAAUUUCAAAAAUUCCAGGAAGUAAUCAAUUCUCACCUGGAAGGAGACAAUAAUGAUAAGAGAGACAGUUCCGAACGUGGCUACAACUAUUUCUUGAAUUUACAGAAGAAAACUGUCUUAAAUUUCAAUGAUUACGUAUUUUAUGAGAAUUUAGUAGCAGAAAAGAAAGUAUUAGUAGCAAGAUACGAAAAAUGGUCAGAUGCUCUAACUGAUUUGCCUCUCUGUUUCGUCAGAGACCUUUUUAUUUUUGCUUAUACAGAUUGGAUCGAAGAAACCGAUAGAGAGUUCAUUUUCAUAGAGCUUAUGAAGUUCAUAAAGCUCUUGUGGCAGUAUAAGUUCUACAGAUUGAUGUGGCUUGAGCUUGUACAGUGUUUUUCGAAAUUAUCCGUAGAUAAAGUCAUCGCGUUAUGUAGCAUGACCGAUGAAAGUAAUGUUUUAGCUGAUGACAAAGAAUGCGCACUCUUCAAAAUCGUCCUCUACCAUACAUUAAAUGAAAAUAUGGACAAAAUAGCAACGAUCAUUAACUUGUCACUUUUAUCAAAUUUGAGAGACUAUCCCUUAAUUAUCCAAAGUCUUAAGAACAAAGAAAAAAUCAUAAUUAACAUCUCCGCGGAUAGUUUACCCGUUUCUACUCUAGAAUAUGACUUAGCUUUGAUGAGAGAUCUUUCUAUUGUAAAAUGCAAGGAUGGAAAGAUACUUGCGAACAAGAAUCUCAUUACAGGUGUUGACUUCUCGCAGUAUGACUCGAAAAUAGUCAAAGCUGCCUUGACUCACCGAACAAAAAAUUCUAUUCAAUCAAUAAAAGACCUGAUCAGCAUCUUUUCAUUACUAAACGACGCGGAUAACAUUAAAUAUGACUUUAUCUACGGCUGCUUUAGGAAUAACCAUUCUACAAUUGCAAAUUUCUUAUUAAAAGAUUCAGAAAAGCUUUUCCAGCUGCUUUUCCUAGAAAAAGACCAGAUCUGCAAUUACAUAAUAGAAAUAAUUGGCGAAAAAGAUCCAAAAGCCUUGAUUUCCAUUCCAGAUUUCAAAAUCGAGAUACAUUCGAAAUGUCCUGUUAAUUUUAAGAUCAACAGUUUGACAUUUGGUGGUACAAAAGAACAGAUGUAUCAAAUUGCUUAUGCUUUUUAUUUAAACUUGGAAUUUGAAAAGAUUUCUCACAAAAUUCCAAAUGGUAAGAUGGCACAAGCAUUUCUUAGGCUUCUAUCUGAUAAUGAACCAUUCCUUUAUAAGCAAGAUCUCAUAAAAGUCAAAGAUUUCGUAAUUAAUAUUUUAUUUGCAGAAGAAGAUGGUUCGAUAAGGUCAGAACAGUUUGCAGAAAUGUUUGUUGACUGUUUCAGAGCAAAGAUACAUGAAGAAUGCGCUAAAAGAUGCAAAGAUACAAAAUGGAUCGCAAUUCUCGCUGACAACAAAGCGAAUGAGUUGGAUUCGAAGAUGAUAAACUGGAUAUUUAAUACAACUAACCAUGAUUCAGCUCCUAACAUUACUUACGAAGAAAGUGUCGAUUUACUUGCCGAACAAAAGGAUAAUUCGUUUGUUUGGGUUAAUCAAUAG